ACGGAACUUUUCUCCCAAGUGGGGCCCUGUGAAAGCUACAGAGAGAUUUUUUGACGGUUCAACCCAUCCACCCCAAGCAUAGCAACAAUUUCAAGCUCGGGCAUACAUAAUACAUCAUGGAAGAGGAAGAACGGCCGAGAAAACUUCAAAAGCUUGACGUCGCCGAGUCAAAGGACGAGGAACCCUUGAUGACGGGCGCAACUGGAUCCGUUCGAGACGAGACUCCUGCCCAAGCCGAUACACAGAAUAAUACUUCCGUCGAAGCCAAUGUGCACCGGUCGAUCCCAAAAGAUGGAGAAGCGCAGACUGCGAACGGAUCCGAAGACACCGCGUCGAAUAUGUCGAAGAGGCAAUUGAGAAAACUCCGCCAGAGAGAAGUUUGGGAAGAAGGGAGAGAAGAGCGCAAGGUCAAACGGAAAGAGAGAGCCGCUGCUCGAAAGGAUCGGAGAAAGGCUGCUUGGGAAGAAGCAAAACAGCAGGGAAACGAUACCCGCGAAGAACUGAGAAAGAUAUUCCCCAUACAGAACCGACGCCGACGACCGACCCGGAUUCCCAUCACCCUCGUCAUUGAUUGUGGAUUCGAUGACCUUAUGAUGGAGAAAGAAAGAAUUUCGCUUGGGGCGCAGCUCACCCGCUCUUAUUCCGAGAAUAAUAGGUCUCCCUACAGCACUCACCUCGUUGUUUCUUCCUUUGAUAAGCUUCUCAAGGAGCGAUUUGAAACCGUACUCCACAAGACACACGAGAAUUGGAGAGGGGUUAGAUUUAUGGAGGAGGACUUUCUCCACGCUGCGAACCAGGCAACUGAGUGGAUGCAGGGACCGGAAGGUGGAAAGAUGGUUGGACCUUUCGCGGACAAAACCGACGCAAAGCCCGAGGAUGGGGAAAUUAUAUACCUUUCCAGUGACAGCCCAGAGACUUUGACGGAACUCAAGCCGUACAGCACAUACAUUAUUGGGGGCCUUGUUGACAAAAACCGUCACAAGGGGAUAUGCUACGAACGAGCAACGGAACUAGGUAUCAAGACCGCAAAGCUGCCUAUCGGAGAUUACAUUCAGAUGGCCCAUCGCUCCGUUCUAGCGACCAAUCAUGUUAUAGAGAUUAUGGUGCGUUGGUUGGAACUGGGAGACUGGGGAGAAGCUUUUAUGAAAACGCUGCCGUCCCGGAAGGGCGGAGUUCUAAAGAGUGCUACGCAAGAUUCGGCAGAUUCAACGCCGCAGCCUGAUGAUAGCGGUGAAGUUGAAGUGGCAGAUGUUGAGGAUAAACCCGAGUAACGACGAGUAGAUGUAUUGAUAGAGAUGUAACUCUGUUAGCAACAAAAUCCAUCUAGAAAUUCUAGUACUGCACCGCCACACUCAGCCACAUUUCAUCAGCGCCACAAUGGUUGCCACCAGACAAUCGAU